ACAGUCAGUGGCUUUACCGGAGAAGAACGACGGCUCCACUUGGACGAUCGUGAUCACCACGCGAUCUCUCGAUUGCAUUCGAGACUCAUUGCCACUAUCUUAUUCACCUGCAGACUACCACUCUGUGGAGUUGAGCUGGAUGUUAAAGUAAAUUUGUACGGAAGAUUCACUCAGUGUCCCGAUGUCAUAUGAUCUUCAUGGGAAAGAUCAGUGAACAGUCGCGCGAUCUUUACUGGAUUUAUUGAGUGGCUGUUUUUUUUCGGGAAGACUCUUGUUUUUUCUUCUGGGAAAAAGGUGUAAAAGGUGUGUGUGUUUUUUUUUGUGCUGAAGAAGAAGUUUUAAAGUGAGUGUUUAUGGUGGCUACAUAUUGUGGAUAUAAUGCCCAUCAUUUGUGAUUUUUUACUUGAUCACUAAUCACAUCAAUUAAUCAUCAGCUACCAACAUCUUGUUAGAACACUCUCUCACCAGGAAUGUUAUAAAGUGAAGUGAAUCUUGUGCGCAAACACGAAAGAUCAUGGAGAAAUUUGCAAAGAAGUGGAUCAUUCUAUUCAGUGGAGCCUCCUCAGUGAUCACCUCACUAUUAUUUUCUGGCAUCUAUUGAAUUGUGCUCCAAUUACACACAAUUGAACAACAACAAAAAAUUCUUCACUCUUUGUUGGUCAUUUAUGGUGCAAUAUUGAUAACAGAGGGAAAAUCUCUAGUUCCUGGGGUGCAUCUGAAAGAUCAUCAUGCUGUCGCAGAGUAAGAGCUAUACAAUGUCACUUGGUCGACUUUCUGUGAUUAUCGUGGUGACACUUCUUCACUGGGUCGCACCAUCUCAUGCAGACGCUAAUAGUGCUGGCAUAGUGACUGAAUCCGUGGUCAAAAGUGAAAAUAGCUCCAUGAUCACAAUGAGAGGAGACACUCUGAAUCAACUGGGUAAUAUGCUACUGGACUUGGCGGAUGACUCUCUGAGCCGUGGUCACAUUGAUGUACUUCCUGGUGUCACAAUUGAGAGAAAUCUCAGUGUUUCACACUCCGAGACGCGAUCGUACGGCAGCGUGCAAAAGCGACUGCAUGACUUUGUUGAGAGUUGCGUCAUAAAUGUGGAUGUAGGACGUGCACUCGGUACAGGCCGGAUAUUCUUCUUUAAGGGCCUCAAGAAGAUGAUGUGGCCCCUCUUUAUAGGGCUUCAAGUGGUCAAAACAGCCCUCCUAGCUCUUUUCUUGCCCAGCCUCAUUGGAUCCCUUGGAAAGAUUGUGGGCAAAGGUUUAUCAUCGGUGUCGGCUUUUGGACAACCACAAGAACCAGUUGAAGAUCUGGAAUUCAAAGAUAAUACCUAUUUAGACAACGAGAAUAGUUAUUCAACUGGGACAGGAAAUACACUCACUACCGGUCAAGGUGGUGGAGCAACUUCUUUUAUGCAGCAACAGCAAGAUAAAUACGGAAAUGGACUUUAUGACGGAGCCACGUCCGAGACUCAGAAUAACAUCGUGAGAUUUGGACCAAAUGGUCAGAAAGUGUCGUAUAUGAUGACACCAAACGGAAAUUACUAUUCAAAAUACAACAGCAUGAUGGCAGCCAAGAAGGAUGACUUCAAGAUCUUCCAUGACAUCCCAGCUUCCUCCAUGCUGCUCACCAACUACGAUCCUUUCUACAGUCCUUUGCUGUCGCGUCUCGAUGCCAUAUUCCAGCAGCUGGGCCUGGGGUCCGGAGAGGAGGCCUGCCGACAAAAACUAGUGUGUCUGAUGUAUGCCAGUCCGGCCAAAUAUGCACCCUACAGCAACCUCAUUUCGGCACAAUUGAGUAGGGAACUCAACGAAUUGAAGAAACCGACUUCAGACAACCCGGAUAUUAUGCGUUUCUUCAAAUACAUGAAGGCCGCCAAGGAUGGGCAGGAUGGUGUGAAUUGCGAUGUAAUGAAUCGUGAUUGCGUCGAUCUCAAAGAUAAUACGAGUCCAGCCAUGAUAACGACUUUCAACGAUAUCAACAAAUUGGUUCAUGCCAGAAAACUUCACUGAUGAUCGAGGCACUGAGGGACGGCUUUUCUGCAGCUAAAUCCCCAUCUGACUUUUAGGAAAAACCACAAAUUGCAUUGGCGAUCUGAUACCAUUGACAGUGAUUUUGCUUGUUUUAUAACGAUGUAAUUACUUUACGUAUUCGCUCCAUUUAACUCAAGUGCAAUUUUACUUUAAUCGGAAUUCAGUCUUAUAUAAUUCUGUGCUAUAGAAUGCUACUGAUGGAGCAGACAAAGAACAUUUCGAGAAGGUGGACACAGAAAGAUGCUACCUAAUUGAAAUUUAAUAAGUGAAAUAAGUUGAGUGGGAUUCACGUGAAUUUUUCUUUCACUCAUUUCGCGGUAAAUUAAGUGUAUGUUAACGGGAACAAUGUGACUCAGAUUUUCCAUCUUCUGAAACAUUCUUUUCUUUAGCGCACGAGACUGCUGGGUGUAAAUAUAUUUUAGAAUCAAGAAGAAAAGAAGCACUCUUGAUGGAGAAAUAGCGUUCUCUCACAAAGAACAAUCUUAGGCAAUUAAUAUUUUGGGUGCUUGGCCACAAAACUUGGACCAACACUUGGACUCGAAUUAGGUUAAUUAAUGGGAAUGUGUGUAAGAUUGGAAUGGGAAAUGACUAGUUUAAAAUAGUUCUCUCACUUUAUUCUAUGUGAACCUCCUUAGGAAAUUAUACUCUUCUGGAGAUUGUAAUUUAUUUUUAUUUAUUUUCAAAUACAACCUCAAUAAAUAGUGUGAGCCAUCGAGA